AUGGCUCUAAUCUCGACUUCUGGCAAAAACCUAACAGAGGAGGAUGUUGCUGCAUUUUUACGUGUGUUGGUUUCUGACACUUUCGCUUGGGAAGUGAAAUGGCACAGUGGUUUUGAAUUCAAGGUUCUUUUUCCUACAAAAGAAGAUCUUACAAAGAUGACGAGGUUCAAUGCAGAAAUGAAGAAAGGAGUGACUCUCAAGUUUCAAGAAUUUAAGGAAGAGGAAGAGUAUUUUGGACAUGCUCUACUAGUGGUCUGGAUGCGAGUUAUGAACCUACCAACAAUUCUAAAGGAAUAUGUUAUUCUGUGGGCACUAGGAACUCUUUUUGGUGUCACCCAGGAUGUAGAUAUGGUGACUACCAGAGCGAGCAUCUUUGGGAGGUUUGCAGUGGCAGUGCUAGAACCCGAAGCAAUUCCGACCAAGCUAGACGUCAUCAUUGGCAAUAGAUACUUCUUGUUGAUUUUUGAGGUUGAACCUUAUCUGCUAAAUAUUGCGCUCCGGAGCAUUUGGAACACCCAGAAUGCUGGGAAUGAAGAUCUUGGAAAUGGGGCAGCAAAGGACACUGAGAUGAGGGAGACACAAAAUAAUGGAGGCAAUGUUAUUUCAGAUGCAAGUGUAGGAAUUGCUGGGAUUAGCGGCAUAAACGGAAAACAAGUUAAUGCUCCUGAGGCACAGAUGGACAUAGAUUUUUCGGAGGAUGAUUUGCUAGGCGAGGAGAAUGAAAUUAGUGAGGUGGCACGUGAUUUUGUGAGUGCAGCAUCACCGGCAGCUUCAAGCUCUUUCGGGACAUCGUCGGCGCCAGCACGCUUGCUGCAGCGGCCUUCGCAACCGGUUAGGUCGGGCAGGAAGCAGAUCAUGGUGAACCAGCCGAAGCUACAGCAGGAGGAAUUGACUCCAGACAGCGCCGUGGGCCAAACGCUGCAGCCCACAAAGGGGCUGGUGGUACAGACCGCAGGUGCAGCUCUGGAUUCAUUGAAAAAUUUCGAGAAGCCGUUUUUCAUGAAUGAGGAACAAGUGGAGGUUUCAGUGAGGCAGUCCGAUGGGUCAACAGAAGGAGGGAUCGCAGAUGGUGCUCAACACCAUGGGGCUCUUCUUGAUACCAUGAUAGAAGCCGGAGUGUCAGCCGAUGGUGGGUCAAAAAAAGAACUAGGGAGCGUCAUGACAAUGGCGGUUCUGUCAGAUGGAGAGCUUACCCAGUGCAGCGUAGCAAGUGGAAUGUGA